AUGGACAAGGACCUCGGCAAGGGAGCCUUCGGCAUUGUCAGACUCGGUCGGGUGCGCAUCACAGGUGCCAAGCGGGCAAUCAAGACUAUAAGCAAAGAGCAAAUGAAGGAGCAAACGGGCUCGCUCAAAAUGGAAAUUGAGAUCAUGAAGAUGCUUGACCAUCCAGGUGUCGUCAUGCUGUUCGAGAUCUUCGAGGAUGACGAUGUUCACCUCUCCAUGGAGCUGUGCAGUGGGGGGUGUCUCACAGACCGUGUCAAAACUGCGCCGAAGGGACAGCUGCCACAAAGAGAGCUGCCUUUGGCCAUGCGUCAGAUCCUUGCGGCUGUGAAUUACUUACACGAGCUGAGCAUUGUCCACCGAGACCUGAAAGCCGACAACAUCCUCUUGAAGGUGGCACCAACUGAGGUCUUACGCAGGACGUCCCUCAAAGUCUCUGACUUUGGCCUGUCGCGAAUCGUGGAGGAGGGCGAGUACCUUUCGAGCAUGGGAGGAACACCCAGCCACAUGGCGCCGGAGGUGUUCGAGAGGUACUACAACCACAAGUGCGACCUAUGGAGCUGUGGCGUUCUGAUGUAUUACUUGACCUCAGGGGAACUGCCGUUCAAGAACGAGGAGGAGGUCAAGAAGGGCAGGCAUGUUGCUUUGCAAGCGGCCUUCCAGUCGAUACUCUGCAAAGCGGCCCGGCUUUCUUCAACGGAAGAUCUAAGAAGGCCUUGCGAGACGAUUGGCUUGCUGAAGGCAAGGCUGCUCAAAACAGCCACGGGAGCCUCCUGCAGGCGUACACGAAUCAUGAGCUGGGGCUUUCAUUCUUUUGGUGUUGUACGCCAGUGUGGGGACAUUGGUUCCUGGAUUGCACAAGUACGCACGCAUCCAGAGUUGCAGCGCUUCCGCUCCUACAACAAGUUCAAACGGGCUGUGAUAUGCACUGCUGUCAGCAUGCUGUCGGACCACCAGAUUGCCAGCAGCCGUGAGCUCUUCAUCAGCCUGGAUGCAGACAGGGAUGGCAAGGUCUCCGCACAAGAUCUGAAACGCGCUGGUGGCGCGGCCAUGGGCAUGGGAGACAACCCAGUGUCAUCGCUUCAGGUCAAAGACGCUGUUGCAGAUCGUUUUGAACUGCUGGGUCCCAGCCGUCCAUUUGGAUACACGGAGUUCUUGGCAGCAACUGUCGUCAUGAAGGCUGCAUUCAAUUAUUUCGAUCGCGACCGAGAUGGCCACAUCUCUUUGUCGGAGCUUUCCAGUGGCCACCUUUUGGGAGCAUUGUCGAUGGAAGAGCUGCAUGAGAUCAUGACAUGGUGUGAUGAGAACGGGAACGGGCAGAUCGAGUUCAAAGAGCAGCGGGCUCAGGGACUGAAAACCCUGACCACUGAACGCACUGCUUUGCGCAUUGCAAGGCAGUGCUGCAUCGGUCCCAUGCACGCUGACUGUCACAAGCAGUAUUACGUGCAUGUUCACUUUUCUGCUUCGAUCCACUUUCGGUCAGCAGGGUCUAGUAAAGAUUCGUGGACUGCGGCUUUGGCACAUCACACAGACUACCCCGAGCUUUGA